CGGCAUGAACACGUUGGCUUGCUUGUGCCGCAUCCCUACCGAGGAGACCAAGGAGAUGAAGAUCUACCCCCUGCCACACACCUACGUCGUCAAGGACCUGGUGCCAGACUUGACGCACUUCUACAAGCAGUACAAGUCGAUCAAACCUUACCUGCAGAGGGAUACUCCUGCUCCUGAUGGUAGGGAGUACCGCCAGACCAAGGCAGACCGGAGAAAGCUGGACGGUCUCUACGAGUGCAUUCUCUGCGCCUGCUGCUCAACAUCGUGCCCCUCAUACUGGUGGAACUCGGAGGAGUACCUCGGACCCGCCAUCCUGCUCCAGUCCUACAGGUGGCUUAUCGACUCCCGUGACGAGAGGAAGGCUGAGCGCAAGGAUGCUCUCGACAACUCCAUGAGCCUGUACCGCUGCCACACUAUUCUGAACUGCACAAGAACUUGCCCCAAGGGCCUGAACCCCGGUCUCGCCAUCGCAGAGAUCAAGAAGGAGAUGGCCCUGUAAGGUGGGCGUCGCGGCAAGAAAAGAGGGGAAGAGGGAUGGCGGUGGAGCAACGACCUUUCUUUUGUCGGCAGAAGCGAUAUGAAGACAGAAUACAACUGUACUUUGGGUUGGUCGUAUGCCUUCGUGCAUGGGUUUCGGAGUUCACCUUGUUAUAGUACGGAUGAAUUGAUGUUCAAGUUUACACAUUCGUAUCUCGUUGUAAUUACCGGGUGUGAGUGAUGAGAGAGGUUCUGUGUCAAUACUUGGUUGGGGGUCAUGUGCCACCGCUUUAUGUUCCAUCCUGCACCUGACAGAUACCACCAUGAUGGAGGUCAGCAGGCUCACGAUAAUGUCGCGGAUAAUUGUACAAUUACGAUCUUUUUCUUUUACAUCCGCUUCAUCACAGGCUUUCCCAAGGGACUUCACUUGUGAUAGGCCAGCACUCGCAACGGUGCUCUCCAGGAAGCAAGUUUUCUC